AUGGCGCUCGCUUGUAUUCGAACCGCUAAAACUAACUUCCUUGCCUUACCAUUUUUAGUCUCCACUGCUAGGGUAGAAUUAACUCGAAAAAUAUCCAAGAUGGCUAGGAGCUGUAAGGCUGGAAGAAAUAAGAGGAGAGAAGUGAAGGUAGGUCUAAAGUUUUCCGUAAAAAUUUGCACUUCGCACGUGUUGUUCUGACCAAAAUUUGUUUUUCCUUUUUGUGGAAUGUAUGUUUAAUUGAGAAAUCUCGCUGUUAAUGAUUUUCAAAACUUUUUUUUACGGAGUACGGUUGUAAGCCCUAUUACAAACCCGAAAUCUUGAGGACUACAGGGAGGCGCCAGGUCUCAAAUAUUGAUAAUAAUUGAUGGGGAAGAAAUGAUAGAUGACAUCAUAUCGCACGGCAAAUGACGUCAUUUGUACCAAAAAUGCUUGUUGAUUCCGAUUGACGUAUAUAGCACAUAAACAGUUCAUAUUUAACCACAUUAUUGCUUAAAUUACAGUGGCAUACCAUGGGGAAACGUUCCAUGUUAACAGUAGCUUAAACAACGAAAGAUGUUUGAAAUUUUAUGUUCAUAAAGUCGAGGCUACAAGAAAUAGCAACUUGGGUGAUUAUCUGGGAGAUAUCAGACUCUAAUCUGGAGACUGGGAGAUAUGGUCCAAAAUCUGGAGUCUCUUUGAUUAUCCGGGAGAGUUGACAGCACUGAGACGCUUUUUCAGAGAUGCCAACCUCCAGUGAUCUAAAAUCUGGAGACUCUCUAUUUUGCACUUCUUACCUCCCCCCCAAUGUCAACAGCCCCACCACCCCCACUCCUCCCCCCAAAAAUUGACCCAGCUGCCAUGGCUUAGGACAUUCUAUGAAGUCUUACAUGCUAUCAAAAUUUGCUUUCAUCAUUGUAUAAAUGACAAAGUAAUCUUUCUCAGUGAAUAGAUAUGUGCAAAAAUGUCCCAGAAACUGUACAAUGAAUAUAAAAAGUUCGAAUUUUGAGAAAAAAAUGGGCUAAAUUUCAAACUAUAGUGCAGAAAAGUUCUAAAGUCCAUUUUAUCUGGGAGAUUUGGUGACGUGUAUUGGGGAGUGGGAGAUCAGUGCCAUAUCUGGGAGACUUCUGGAUAAUCUGGGAAAGUUGGCAUACAUGCUUCUUGUCUGGUGACUAUCUUUCUGUCCGGCAAAGGUCCAGCAAGUGAGCGCACAAGAAAAGUUCACGAUCUGGGUCACUGAAACACAUACCAGUCAUAUAGUCUGAGACUCUCAGGGUAUAAAGCUAAAGUAUGAAUAAGCCCAGCAGACACAAAACUGGGAAUAAUAAUACAAUCCUUUAAAUUUUAGAAGGCCUUAAAAAAUAAGCCCUAAUAGUCCAUUUGCGAUUUCACUGUGACCACUGAAUUAAAAAAGUGAAGACACAUUUUUUACAGCCUGAGCCUCCAUCUGAAGUACUGUAUUUAUUCGAUUAACCGCCCUGGGCGCUUAUUAAAUUUUUGGACCUUGAGAGUGGGUGCUUAUUCGAGGCUGGGCGCUUAUUAAAUUUUCAGCAUUUUCAGCAAGUGUAGGAUGUUUAUUUUGCAACAAAACAAUAAAUGGUAAUGACAAAACUCAAAGAUGUAACAAGGCAAGGUUCCUGUGAAAUACUUUGAAGAAAACUCCGUCUUCGGGGAGGUCUCUUAUUAGUACUUAUUCAAUUUUUGGGGGGUGGGGUGGGGGUUGUCGCUUAUUUGAGUUUGAGUCGGAGUGGGAGGGAGGUGGGGUGGGGUAGGCGCUUAUUCGAGGCUGGGCGCUUAUUAACUUUUUUUACCUUUAAGAUGGGCGCUUAUUCGAGGUGGGCGCUAAUUCGAGGUUGGGCGCUUAUUCGAAUAAAUACGGUAAUAUAUUCACAAAUUUCAACGAGAAAAAGACCUGUUUAUUACUUUGUGUAUAUUCAAAUUUCAAACACUUACUUGCCAGAAUUUCUGAAUAUUUUACUUUACAUCGAGGCUAACCCUGUGUGAAUGUGUCGUUAAUGUUUGUAUUCAGCGGUAAUUUUUAAUUCGAAACUGCACUAUUCUACUCACUCCACAAACCAUCAGGGGAAUGGGUACAAGCUUCCAACGCAAGGUUUGGGUGGACAAGGAUUACUUAUGAUGGGUUAAUGGUUGCCUUGGAUACCAUCAACCAAUCAUAGCUAAUGUUUGUCCAUCCAAAUGAUCCCAGAAAUCUUUGCACCAAAAGCUUGUACCCAUUCCCCUUUAUAGUUUCUGGAGUGGGGAAUAGAUGCUUUUGUUAUCAAGUGCUAUGAAAAUAAGUGACCCAGCAUUUUUAGUUUAGCUCAUCUGACAUCAAUGUGAAAAUUUUCUUCAUCCAUGGUCUUGGGUAGCCUGAGAUAACAGCUGCUGCUUUGCGAUGUGGUGUCACCAUAAAAUGUUGGCUGUUUUAUCAGGCUAGGGCUUGGGCUAUCUUAAGUACAAUGUGUGAAAAUCUUUAUGUUGUACCUGAUGCCCUUCGCUGUACCCCACUUACAAUAAAUUAUUUAAUCUGUUUAUGGGGUAGAACCUUACUAGCAAAGCUCUGCAUGCCAAAGGCACAUGUUGACGGUCACCUUGGGUAAGAAAUUCCGGUUAUCAUGUGACUAUUUAGCCUAUCCAUGUGUACCACCACAUGUAAACCAAUGUAAAAUGUCAGACUUACCCAUACAUAAGGAGGAGGAUAUGCUGAAUAUUUUUUAUAAUGAAAUAUAUGCCACUGAAUACACCAUCAAUAGCCAAGUCACUUAAUAGCUGUCAAAAUGGAGGUGUACAGUAUGUGUAGUAGUUAAUUUUUUAUCCCAGGUAAUUAUUGUAUGCUAAUGAAGUUGAAACAAAGAAAAAAUAAAAAUUACCUAGCAUAAAAAAAUUAACCACAACAUAUCUGUUGUAGAUCAAAAUUGAUUUCAGGUUAUUAAAUUUUAGUUGAUUCUCAUUUUUCUUUGUCUUUUAGCCCUUCAUGAAUAAUAAUAAUUUUUCCUUUUCUCAAAAGAAUUUGAGAAUCAAUCUAAGUUGAAAAAAUAAAUUAAUUUUAACAUGAAUUAGAUUUUGACCUAUACUGUGUAACAUAAGCUAAGCAGUAGCACUUGAUGAUGUUAAUAGAAGGGGCAAUCCAUAUGUUUUUUUUAUUGCCCAUUUAAUAUUUUGUUGAAUCAUGGGCUCAAGCUUCUGAUUUUUAUUGCAUUGGAAGAAAUUUGGUAGGAAAUUUGAUUUGUCAAUUUCUUUGCUGUGGUUUAAGGAUUAUUUUUUGUUUCAGGUGAAUAGUUGGUGCAUGUAUUUUAAGGGAGUUCCACUCUUCAGCUUUUCUAAAUCUAUAGUAACAAAGCAUGUUUGUAAUGAGAAAUACAUUCUUUUCUUUUUCAGUCUCUUUCAGCUUACUUAUUCUCUUACAACGAUUUCUGAAAACAGAAGACUCUCAAGUUUUUUGCAAAACUACGCAUUAAACUAUGCAUCCAUUGAAAACUUUAAAACUGUUUGAACUUACCUGACUUCUCAGGAAACAGCUGUCAAAUUUAUGAAUGUUUUUGGUCCUUUUGCAAAAAUUUUGAGAAUCUUUUGUUUUCAGAAAUUGUUGUGAUUGGACAAUCUUCUUCCAAGUGGCCUGGUUCAGGUAGUCACACUCUAAUGGGGUGCAUUUUUCAUUUGAACUUGUUUGAUGCAAGCGAUGCAUUAUAUAAACUUUAGCUUUAUACACUUUACAUCUUGUUCAACUGUGUCCUUUCACUAUUGAUGCCCUCUUCAGCCCAUUAUCACUUACAUUUCACUGCUGCUCUUCAGUCCAACAGAACAAUAGGAAGCUUUCCCUUACCCAGAACACUUCUAAAAGCCCCCAUCUUUUUUCUCUUCAGCCAAAUCCGAGAAAGCUCAUGAUAGCUGAUCAAGUCAGGGAAGUGUUUGAUUCCAAUAACAUGGUUGUUGUAUGUCACUUCAGUGAUUUGAAUACUCAAGAAUGGGAAGAAUUACGCUUCAAUCUUGGUAAAGAUGAAAUAACAGUCAAGAUGUUCCCCAACAGAGUUUCAUGCAAAGCUUUAGAAAAUACAAAGUACUGUGAAAUAACUCCAUUAUUUUUGGCAUCUACAUUUGUCACUUACUCCAAAGAAGCUAAGGUGAAGCCAUUGCUGUCAGCAGUGAAGAAACAGCCUAAAGUGGAGUUAUUAGGAGGUAAAAUUGAUAAUCGGCUUUUGUCAAGAAAGUCUUUGGUGGAUUAUUCUAAGUUGCCGUCAUUAACAGAGCUUCAUGGCCAGCUACUACAUGUGUUAUCUGAGCCUUCUAGAAGACUUACAACCCUUCUUGGGCAAAACCAAACUAACCUAGCUGAGAAUUUGUCACAGUAUGUCAGCCAAGGUGAAGAGAAGAGCUGAUGUUUAAUUAUUACUCUCUCAGUGUAACAGUAACCUUUUUUUUAAGGUAAAUUUAAGCAAAUUUGAAAACUGUUACAAAAAUGAGAUGAAAAAGUUCUCUUUUUUUGUUGAUUUACUCAGAUUCAUAGAAAAAGCAACCGAAACCAAUAAUAAUUAAAUAUUGACUUGCACCUAUGAGAGUGAAAAUGCAAAAAAGGUCACAAGAUUGAAAAGUGAAAAAAGUAAAAGCUCUUGUUUGUUUUAAUUUACAAGAGGUAUUCAAGGGAUAAAGAUAUUAAAAGACAUAAGAAAAACCAAGGAACCCCUCUGAGACCAGGUAGCACGUUAAAGCUUAGAACAUACAUGUAAGAAC